UAUUAGGAGAGAAAACACAAAGAGGCGGAGAGAUGGAAGAGAAUGAGGUGGACCAAUGAGAUAAGAGUGCGCAGAUUAUUGAGGUGGCAAUAAAUUUAGAAUCCCGCCUAAAUCCCAGCUUUCAUUUCAUGCGCAAUUGAAUUUCAAUUUGCCAUUCCCCUCCAUAGGGACUUAAUUAUCCCCUUUUUUACUCUCAUAACUCCCUCUCUUCCCACCACGUUCGCUUCUUCCUCCCCCUUCCUCUUCAAACCCUAAACCUAACCUAACCUAACCUCCUUCCCCAACUUCUUCCGUCGGAUUCGAAAUGAAAGGCGGUAAAUCGAAGUCGGAGUCGAAGAAAGCAGACACCAAGCUUGCUGUGAAAAAAGGUGCAGCGGGUAAGAAAGGAAGUAAGAAGGCAGGGAAAGAUCCUAACAAACCCAAGAGGCCUGCCAGCGCCUUCUUCGUAUUUAUGGAAGAGUUUAGGAAGAAGUUCAAUGAGGAGAAUCCGAACAACAAAGCAGUGUCUGCUGUUGGUAAAGCUGCUGGGCAGAAAUGGAAAUCAAUGUCAGAUGCUGAAAAAGCACCUUACAUUGCUAAGGCUGACAAGAGGAAGGUUGAAUAUGAAAAAAACAUGAAGGCCUAUAACAAGAAACAGGCCAGUGGAGCCAAUGCUGCAGAUGAAGAUGAAUCUGAGAAAUCAAUGUCUGAGGUCAAUGAUGAUGAGGAUGGAGAUGAGGGCAGCGAAGAGGAGGACGAUGACGAGUGAAGAUGUAGAUGAUAGUAACGUCAUUUAGGCUGUCAGUGUACUUGAUCUUUCCAUAAUAAUGGUUUGAUCAUUUCCUGUUAAUUGGUUUUUUAUAUCAUGAAAAUAUAUUAGUAUCUCCCUGCUAUUUUGUUUGUGCAUUCAGUAACGAAGGGGUUGUAAUGGGAGAUCAUCUGCCUUGUACCUUACAAUGUUAGUUAUUCCAAUCCAACUGUGUUUUUUAACUUUUCAA